AUCUUAUCUUCCAAACUCCCAUCUCGAUAUUUUCUCAAUAUGUUGGCACGAACUCGGAUCCCACUUAUUUUUGGAACCAUGACUCUGGGUCUUCCAGGAUCCUCCGCUAGUCGCGUCACUAGCAAGAAGGAAGCUCAAGACAUUCUGGAUACUUUCUUCAGCUUCGGGCACAAGGAAUUGGACACUGCAAGGAUAUACUGUGGUAGAACUACUGAACAACUGCUGUCUCAACUAAACCUCCAAGAUGCUUCAAUCGAUACCAAGGUGUAUCCUGUCAAAUCCGGCGAUCACGCUCCCCAUGCAUUAAGGGAAACAUUCCAGACUUCAUUGAAGGCGCUGAAUCGCCAAAAAGUCAGAGUCCUGUACCUGCAUGCUCCAGACCGAAGUAUCCCCUUCGAAGACACUUUGAAAGCAGUGGAUGAACUGUAUCGCGAAGGGCUUUUUGAAAUAUUUGGUCUUAGUAAUUACGCGGCCUGGGAGGUUGCUGAGGUAGUUGGAAUUUGUAAGGCGAAAGGAUAUGUUACCCCCAAGAUUUAUCAAGUGAUGUAUAAUGCUAUCACACGAGAGAUGGAGACCGAACUCCUCCCCUGCACGCGAAAAUUCGGACUUCGCUUGGUCAUCUACAAUCCACUCGCGGGAGGCCUUUUUGCUGGGAAGAUUCAAUCACCCGAUGAUCCCAUAGCGGAGGGUCGUUUUGGGCCUGGGAGACAGGGUGAUCAAUACCGAGCUCGCUAUCUUCAAAAAGGUCAAUUUGAAGCUAUGAAAUACCUGAAAGGUAUUGCUGCUGAACAUAACCUUCGUUUAACGGAGAUAGCUCUUCGCUGGUGUCAGCACCACUCCAAAUUGACACCAGAAGACGGUGUCAUUUUGGGGGCGAGCAGUGCUAGCCAGCUGAGACAGAACUGCGAGGACAGCCUGAAGGGGCCGCUUCCGGACGCCGUUGUACAGGCGUUGGAUGAGGCGCGUCGUAUCGUGUUGUCACAUGGCAGCGCACCUCCCUACUGGCGUUGAGGGGGAAAAGAGUAAAGAUAAAUUAUAUCAUUAUUAUGUAGACAAUUAAAUUCGAUCCGGCUGCACAGCCACCAUGAUCGAUCUUUCCGGCUGUUAGGUGUAGCACA